AUGUGGAAUUGGGAAAAACUUAUGGGUUUUACAUUUGUGAAACAAAACAUAAAGUAUAUCCAUCGUCAAUAUUUCAAUUUUACACACUUGAUAGAAUCACUUCAUAUUAGUAUUAACACUGAAGUAUAUCAAGUAACUAAUAGUCUAUUACAACAAUAUAAUGAUGGUCCUACAUCAAUAACAGAACUUGGAAAAGAAUGUGUAAAUCUAAUUGACUUAAAAAACAGAAAUGAAAAAUUAUUACAUUUUGGAAGUUUAUAUGCUCGAUUAAAGAUUGUUACCCAACUUUCUGAAAAUCAAAAUUUUCGAAGCCAGUUAAGACAUGAAAUGUUAAUAAAUAAUUUAAUGAUAAUUAAAAUUGAACAAAAUCAAAUGGUACAAAAACUUAUCAAAAGUCUUCAAGAAGAUUUUAAACAUAUAAAAGUAAAAAAUAAUAGUCCUUGUUCACAAAAAAAGAUAUUUUUAGCUACAGAUGUGCAAAAGAAUGACACUUCCAUCCAACCAUUCUUUCAAACUUUUCACUGUAUAUAUGUUUUAGGUGAUUUUAAUGAUUUAUUAGAACCUUUAAAAUCUUUAAAAAAACCCUAG